CCGAAGAAGUGAGGAGUAAGCGGGCGGUCCACGGGCUCUCGCGAGACCCUCGGCUCACGUGACCGGCGGGCGCGGCACUGCUCACGUGACAGGCGCUGCCGGCCGCAGGGUCCUCUCCGUGCAGGCGCCGCAGCUGCGGGGCCUCUCGAGUCGGUGGACGCGCCCUCCCGCCGGCCUCGCCGCCCGCGCAACCGCCGUCCUCCGGCCUCGGCUGCGUCGCGCCAUGGCGGCCCCCGNCGCCCGGCGGCCGCUGCUCCUGCUGCUGCUGGCAGGCCUUGCACAUGGCGCCUCAGCACUCUUUGAGGUGAAAGACAAUGGCACAGCGUGUAUAAUGGCCAACUUCUCUGCCUCCUUUCUGAUCACCUACGAGACUGCGAAUGGUUCUCAGAUCGUGAACAUCCCCCUGCCCGCCUCUGCAGAAGUACUGAAAAAUGGCAGUUCUUGUGGUAAAGAAAAUGUUUCUGAACCCAGCCUCACAAUUACUUUUGGAAGAGGAUAUUUACUGACANUCAACUUCACAAAAAAUGCAACACGCUACAGUGUCCAGCAUAUGUAUUUUACAUAUAACUUGUCAGAUACAGAACAUUUUCCCAAUGCCAGCAGCAAAGAGAUGUACACCGUGAAUUCCACAACUGACAUCAAGGCAGACAUCAACAAAGCAUACCGGUGUGUCAGUGAUAUCCGGGUCUACAUGAAGAAUGUGAACGUUGUGCUCCGGGAUGCCACUAUCCAGGCCUACCUGUCGAGUGGCAACUUCAGCAAGGAAGAGACACACUGCACACAGGAUGGACCUUCCCCAACCACUGGNCCACCCAGCCCCUCACCACCACUUGUGCCCACAAACCCCACUGUGUCCAAGUACAAUGUGACUGGUAACAACGGAACCUGCCUGCUGGCCUCUAUGGCACUGCAACUGAACAUCACCUACCUGAAAAAAGACAACAAGACUGUGACCAGAGCGUUUAACAUCAGCCCAAAUGACACAGCUAAUGGGAGUUGCGGUGUCAACUUGGUGACCCUGAAAGUGGAGAACAAGAACAGAGCCCUGGAAUUGCAGUUUGGGAUGAAUGCCAGCUCUAGCCUGUUUUUCCUGCAAGGAGUGCAGUUGAAUAUGACUCUUCCUGAUGCCCUAGUGCCCACAUUGAGCAUCUCCAACCAUUCACUGAAAGCUCUUCAGGCCACUGUGGGAAACUCAUACAAGUGCAACACUGAGGAACACAUCUUUGUCAGCAAGAUGCUCUCCCUCAAUGUCUUCAGUGUGCAGGUCCAGGCUUUCAGGGUGGACAGCGACAGGUUUGGGUCUGUGGAAGAGUGUGUUCAGGAUGGUAACAACAUGUUGAUCCCCAUUGCUGUGGGCGGUGCCCUGGCAGGGCUGGUCCUCAUCGUCCUCAUUGCCUACCUCAUUGGCAGGAAGAGGAGUCACGCCGGCUAUCAGACCAUCUAGCCUGGUGGGCAGGUGCGCCACAGACGCACAGGGGCGUGUUCUCACAUCCCCAAGCUUAGAUAGGUGUGGAAGGGAGGCACACUUUCUGGCAAACUGUUUUAAAAUCUGCUUUAUCAAAUGUGAAGUUCAUCUUGCAACAUUUACUAUGCACAAAGGAAUAACUAUUGAAAUGACGGUGUUAAUUUUGCUAACUGGGUUAAAUAUUUUGCUAACUGGUUAAAUGUUAAUAUGUUACCAAAGUAGAGCUCUAAAGAGGAUGAGAAGGCUCCGCUGAUUUGACUUUUAAGACUUGGUGUUUGGUUCUUCAUUCUUUUACUCAGAUUUAAGCCUUACAAAGGGAAUCUCUGGUCCAGACCCUUGGGCCUGGCAAGGGUGGCUGAUGGUUAGGCUGCACACUUGAGAAGCAAACGGGAGCAGGGAAGGCUUGCCACACAGGCACGCACAGGGUCAACCUCUGGACACUUGGCUUGGGCUACCUGGCCUGGGGGCGGGGGGGCCUGGACUCUGGCAUCUGGCUGAGCACAACCCCCCCAUAUUUCUAUGCUCUGCCACCCGUGAGCUGCCACUUUCCUAAAUAGAAAAUGGCAUUAUUUUUAUUUACUUUUUUGUAAAGUGAUUUCCAGUCUUGUGUUGGCGUUCAGGGUGGCCCUGUCUCUGCACUGUGUACAAUAAUAGAUUCACACUGCUGACGUGUCUUGCAGCGUAGGUGGGUUGUACACUGGGCAUCAAGCUCACGUAAUGCAUUGCCUGUAACGAUGCUAAUAAAAAGUCUCCUUCUUUGUCUGUC